AACUCCGUAGUGUGGAACUUGAGUUUGACUAGUAAUCGAUAAAAUUGAUUUAUUGCCAAGUGAAAAAAGGUGAUAAGCCGCUCGCGUCAUUCGUUCGUUUCGUACAUUGUUGUUUUUGUAUUUAUUGAUUUAGCGGUGGAUUGUUGUGGUUUUGUUUGUGAAGUGAAAAAAGUGGUCUUAUUGCGGUUUAUUGUGUGAAAAAAGAAGAAAAAACAUGGGCAACAUACAUACCGUCGGACCAAAUGAAGCGCUAAUAGUUUCAGGCGGAUGUUUCGGUUCGACGACGAAACGCACGAUCGUCGGAGGAUGGGCGUGGGCCUGGUGGCUCGUCACGGACGUGCAACGUAUCUCCCUUGAGGUUAUGACACUUAACCCGAUGUGCGAGUAUGUGGAAACCGCUCAAGGCGUGCCGCUCACCGUCACCGGCGUCGCUCAGUGUAAGAUCAUGAACGAGGACGAGCUUCUCACGACUGCCUGCGAGCAGUUCCUGGGCAAGAACGUCAAGGAAGUCAAAAUGACGGUCCUGCAGACGCUGGAGGGCCACUUGCGCGCCAUAUUAGGAACGCUUACAGUAGAAGAAGUCUACAAGGACAGAGAUCAGUUCGCGGGUCUGGUGCGCGAGGUGGCCGCGCCGGACGUCGGCCGGAUGGGCAUCGAGAUCCUGUCGUUCACGAUCAAGGACGUUUACGAUGACGUCCAGUACCUGGCCAGCUUGGGGAAGGCGCAGACGGCGGUGGUCAAGCGUGAUGCUGACGUGGGCGUCGCGCAGGCCAAUAGAGACGCUGGGAUAAGGGAAGCGGAGUGCGAGAAGAGCGCAAUGGACGUCAAAUACUCAAUGGAUACUAGAAUCGAAGACAAUAAGAGACUUUUCAAACUGCAAAAGGCACAGUUUGAUCAGGAAGUCAACACUGCCAAAGCCGAAGCGGCACUUGCUUACGAACUGCAAGCAGCGAAAAUAAAACAAAAGAUACGAAACGAAGAGAUACAAAUCGAAGUCGUGGAACGUCGCAAACAAAUCGAGGUGGAACAACAAGAAAUUCUCCGUCGCGAGGAGGAGCUGGUAGCUACCGUGCGUUUGCCGGCCGAGGCGGAGGCGUACCGUCUGCAGACUAUUGCUGAGGGUAAACGCACACAAACAGUGGAAGCAGCUAAGGCGGAUGCAGAACGCAUCAAAGUAGUCGGUCUGGCUGAGGCCACAGCAAUCGGAGACGUCGGCAAGGCGGACGCCGAGCGCAUGCUGGCCAAAGCUAAGGUUUACAAACAGUACGGAGACGCGGCCAUCAUGGCGUUGGUGCUUGAGGCGCUGCCGAAGAUUGCGGCAGAAGUAUCAGCUCCGCUGGCGAAGACGGACGAGAUCGUGAUGGUGGGUGACAACGGGGCCACGGGUGAGGUGGCACGACUUGCAGGCGGCAUCCCGCCCGCUCUCAAGACGCUCACCGGGCUCGAUCUUACACAGGUGCUCAAGCGGCUGCACCCAAACAGCCCUGCAGGUGAGCCGACCCUGAUUGCGACAGCUAGCAAGAAGAAAGAAGUCGUCGUGAGCUAAACUCACACUGGCCCCGACCAGCCACGAACGCUUUUGUGCCAUCAAUCCACUCGCCCUUAGGUACAGUCAACAACUAAAUACAGGCAAAACCGGUUAUCACGUCUACAUAGCACAUUCAGAAAAAUACAUAAAAAAAUAUGUAACGCUUAUUACGUCUAUCGGAUAUAGCGUCGAGAUUAGGCGGUCUCUUUAAUUUUGUUGUAACCGGUUUUGACUGCACUUUCACUUAGUAUUGUUUACAUACAAACAGUAGUACAGUCCCGCCGUAGUUUUGUAAAUGGUGCGUUUUUUGCAACGUGUGGUGUGUAACGUGUGAUAUAUUAGACGUUAAUGUAUUUGUCUUACUGUUUCUUAUUAGCGCGGACGUGUUCCAAUUUUGAAAUUAAACGAUUUUUGCUGUCUGUCAUAGUUUCUUUAGCUUUAUAAGUGUUAAUUAAACAGAUAAUAGAUUUUUUAUUUAUUCUUUCCAUUUUAAGAAUUUUCCAUCACUUAUUAAAUCUUAAAAUCAAAUAAAGCAAGAAAAAAAUAUUAGAUAUUUUUUUCUUGCUUUAUUUUAUUUUUAUUAUAAACUCUAGCUCAUUUUCAACUGAUUUGAACUGAUUUGAACACACAUCUUUAUAAUUUUAUACCUUAAAAUGCGAAGAAAUAUGGUUGCGAAUAAAACUACAAGCAUGAAUCUCUCCCAUGAAUUGAACACGUUCGUAAAAAAACUGUAGAGUCUCAAAUAUUUUGAUUACAAUUUUGUUAGUACAAAAUGUGUUAUUUAUUUAUUAUGUUCUUGUUUGUUUGUUAAUUAUCACAAUCAAUAGCCAAUAAUUUAAACUAAUUUGUAUUCAAUAGAUAAGAUCAUAAAGUCGUAUUUUGUGGUGUUUGUAUGGGAUUUUAUAGAAUCUUAUAUCGUAAUGAAACUGAGUGUAUAUUUUUAGUAGAACGGCCACGGGUCGAAGGUAUUUCUCUUACAAUUAGUUAGGAACUUAGAUUUUGUACGAUGACUUAGAAAUGUAGUUCGCUAUAAGAAUAGGAAUGAGCUUCCGCCAUUUUUAAUUUUGUAGCGUGACCAAUUUUUUUUUUAUUACUAUUAUUGUACUAAGAUUAUGCACUUUAAUCCUUACAAAUAACAUUUUUAAGACAUUUGACAGCUAGAGUUUUUUGACAUUCCUAUUCUUAUUUCGACCGCAUAGUAACUAGAAUCAUUUGACAACGUGUUCUAAAGGCACUGCCUUCUUUGUAUAGUAAAUUCUUACAGCUUUAUCGAUAAACGUGGUAUUCGAAAAGAUGUCUUGCUUGAGUUCAGAAUUUAUACAAGACAAUACUUUUCAUCAUAUCGCGAUUUGUAUAAAAUUUAUUAAUAUUGAUGAUGAGUAUUUUUCAAUGAAACUGACAAUGAUAUCACACAUAUUUUAUAGUAUUAGGUUACUGUAAGCCGUUUAUUUUUUUUUAAACAAAUUUUGCGUCAAUAUUUUCUUAUGACUCCCGUGGGGGAUAGCCCAGUUUGGGAGAUUUAAAAAAAAAUCAUUCACUUUCGUAUUGUCAUGUCUAUAAACAUUUUAAAUAUGUUGCCAUGGAAUUAUUGGUAUGAUUGUAAUGUUUUAAAUUAUUUGUCACAUUUUUUUUAAAUAGUCAAUUUCCUCAUCAAUUAAUUAAUACUGUCCUGUUUCAUUGAAAAAUAUUUUAAAGCUCUUUACUCAUUACGAUCGCAAUAAUUUUCGAUAACAAAUAAAUAUAUGUUCAGCAUUUAUGUCGGCGGUUGUACUUGGUGUGUCAGUGUGAGUGUCGCGUUGUGUUUCGGCUAAUAUGUAUUUCUUUACCCAAAGAAACUGUUAAUCUGUCGGGGCAUUCAUCAUUUUGUUAUUAUUUCAAAGAUUUAUGAUUUAUGCUUAUUGAUAUAAUCGAACAAUGUACAAUUAUUCAAUUUGUGUUCUAUUUGUCAUUUGUAAUGUAUACAAUUAAUAAAAUGUGUAUUUUUGA